AUGUUUUCGCAUUUCUUGAUAUUUUUGGAAUUGUGUUUUGUAGCUGCAAGUGCAUUUCAAAGUAAUGAUGGAUUUAUAACGUGUGGAUCAGUUGUUAAGCUAAAGAAUAACGAAGAAGGUGUUCGUCUGCAUUCACAUGAUAUAAAAUAUGGAUCUGGUAGUGGUCAACAAUCUGUAACUGCUGUACAAGAUGGCGAUGACGUGAAUUCUCACUGGCAAAUCCUUUCCGCAAUCAAAGGAACUUGCAAACGAGGAGAACCAGUGAAAUGUGGCAGUAAAAUACGUUUAAAACAUCUGACGACUGGCUGCUAUCUUCACAGCCACUUAUUCUCUGCACCAAUAACAAAAGAGGACCAGGAAGUGUCUUGUUUUGGGAACAAUGAAAGUGAUUCUGGUGAUCACUGGAUUGUCGUGUGUAGUAAUAAUGCAUGGCUUACGAAGGAUGCUGUAAAGCUGAAGCAUGAAGAUACUGGCAAGUUUUUGGCAAUAAGUGGUAAACAGUAUGGGAGACCUAUAAAUGGGCAGUAUGAGGUAGUAGCCAUUUCUACGACAAAAAAUGCGGCUUUAUGGAAAACGGCUGAAGGUAUUUUUAUGGUAGGUUCAAACAUUCCAUGA